AUGGAAAAAGAAGUUACAGAAAAGGUGGAAGAAGUGUUAGUUGAGAAUAAGAAGUUGGAAGAUCGUGAAAAGAAGUUGGAAAAACGUGUCAAAUCUAUCGAAGCUGAAAACUCAUCUUUGUUGCAAAGAGUUGAAUCUGAUCAAGCAGAUAUUGAUAUUCUUAAAGUACGAAUAGCAGAGCUAGAAGAAGAAAAAGCUAGAAGAGAUGACCAAAAUGAAUAUUUCAAGCUAAAGAACAAAGAAUUGGAUGCCAACAACGCAAAGAAAGAACAUGAAAUGUAUAUGAUGAAUAAAGUGUUGGAGAAUUUGCUCGGAAAGCCUGUUGAACAAAGAUUUGAAGAGAUCGAGCUUGAAGAAGUCCGAGCUAGUCGUAAAGCUGAGAUUAAAGCAGAAAUGAAGAACAAGGGUAAAGGCAUUCAAGUUGAAGUUUCUGGUGUAUUUUAUGAUGAUGUAGAAAUUGAUGAUGUAGUAGAAGAUGAUGAAGAAGUAGAUGAUGAUGAGGUUAAAAAAGAUGAUGCAGACGAUGUGUUUUCUGCAAGUAGUCAUGAUGAUGAUGAUGGGAAUGAUGACGACGAUCAAGGUACUUCAGGCAUCAAAGUUACUGAAGCGUCGAAUGAAGAGAAUGUUGAUGGUUAUCUUCAUGACGAUGCUAAUGAAGAACCAGAGAAUACUGAAAGUGAGGGGGAGCCUGAUGAUACAAAGAAUGCUGAUGGUAGUGAUGAUCAUGUUGCAAGACUAAUUCUACGUCUUGAACAUGGAGUAGAGGAAGGUGAAAUCUUGCACACUUAUACGUUAGCUGAGUACUUAGAAAUGACGUAUGUCGAUGAAAAUUCUUUCAAGUUUGAUUUUGAAGAAGAACUGAAUCAGUUCGACAUCAAUCAGCAGCCCGAUUAUCAUUAUAAGUAUGUUGAAGAUGCUGAUAUCUAUGACAGGGUUGAAGUUGAAGAUUGGAGUGAUGAGGAUCAAUCUGAAAGUGCUCACAUUGAUACUACUAACUUUCCUACGCUUGCUGAGUUCUUUAGUCAAGCGAAUGAAGAUGAGUGUAGGAUCGGACUUCGACCUAAAUGA